GACACCGUUGUUUCUCCCCGUGCUCGACCUAUUCACAGGAGCGCCCACAAAUAUACACACACACGUAUACACUUACGUGCAUACACACGCGCGCAAUUGUAUAAGGGAUAGAGGCUAAACAACGCGAUGUAAAGAACAGCAAUCGGAGCUCGUAUACGCGCGAACGCAUAAAACGGACACAUCACCCACGACUGGAGAAUCUACGUUAUAAAUAGUCGCCCGCACACACAUAUACACUUAUACACAUGUAUAUACUUAAGCGUGUAUUUGUAUACAUAUAGGUAGACUGUACUCAUAUACCGGGAUGCCCGAUAAGAGUGGGACCCUCCGCUUGCCGUGCGCGGUGCUGGCUGAUGGCCAUCGAAUACGCGACGCCCCGUUCGAGACUGACAACCGAGUCGUGGCUACUGUCGAGUGGUGGCUACUGCUGCUGCUACUGUCGAGUCGUGGCUACUGCCGAGUCGUGGGCUACUGCAGCCCACGACUACGACUACAGAGCCGUGGCUACUGCUGCUGCUCUACUGCCGAGCGCGUGUUGCUGGACGCGUGCUCCUCUCGGUGUCGAUUCGAGGCCGGCGACCACGCGAGGCAGAGACUCGAGCGAGCACACAAAAAAAGCUCCCCAACUUCCCUUUCCGCGAUUCUGUGGGCUCUGCCUUAAAACUCUCCUCUCCCUCCUUUAUCUAUCGUCUAUCUAACUCUGCGUCUCUCCGACUCUCUCUGUCACUCGCUCAUACUCUCUCACUCAUACUCCCUCCAAAGCGUUCCUUUUCUCCGCCAGUUCCAUCUCUCUCUCCUCUCCCCUUCGCACUCCACUCCCUCUCGCUCGCUCGCUCCCCCCUCUCUUUUCUCGUCUCUCUCUCCCCCCCCACACACACCCACCACCACCUCCUCUUGCUCUCGUCUUCUGCAUCCCCUAUCUCUGUGUCGGUUAUUGCGUCCACACUCGCUCACGCUGGGGUUGCCCCGCCACACACGGCGACAGCGAACCGCGAAGCGCCGCUCUUUUGAAUAAUCAGGCGGCGUCCCUGGAAGGCAGCCAAUCAGCCGUCGCGGCCCUUGGAUGAUUAAUCGCCAUGCAUUAUUGAUAAUCAUAAUUGCCCGGGCAUGCGCGGUGGCGCCGCGCGUUAAUUUCCGUAAUUUUGCAACUCGAGAAUUUGUAUUUUUUUUAUUCGCCGCUGAUGUAUCUGCCAUGUCGCGCCGCAAGCAGGCUAAGCCGCAGCAGCUCAAGACGGACCAAGAUCCGCCGCUACUUUCGGAAAAUGGCUCUCCGGAACAAGACCAGGAUAAAGGAGGUGGACAGAAUGGAGGAGGGCUCGUUUGUGACCAUUGCUGUGCUGAAUUCUUCGACCUCUGCGACUUCCUCCAGCACAAAAAGUGCUGCCUGGAGAAGAGAGUCGUCUUGAUCGUCAAGGACGAAGAGGCAAGCCCUCCGGAGGAUUACCCGAGCGCAGCCUCGCCCGGCGAGGGCGCGGAGGAACCAGACGUUCGAGAGGAGAACUCGGGCACCCCGGAAGACACCGAACGCCCCACCUCUCCGAAGGUGAGGAGGCUCGAUGAAGAACCAGGAGGGGAACCCGAGAUGGAUGAAGAGCUUCCAGAAAAAGAAUCCUGCAGUGAUCUAGGUACCUCGAACAACAGCGAGACGACCGCAAACAGCCUACCUCCUCACUUGAAGUCCAUCGCUUCCACCAUCGGCACCAGCAUGCCAAACACCAACGUCACGCUGGAGACGCUGCAGAGCACCACGGUGGCCGUUGCUCAGUUCUCGCAGCUACCCACCAGCCACGGCAUUGGCGGCAUUGGCGGCAUUGGCGGCAUUGGCGGCAUUGGCGGCAUUGGCGGCUGCAACUUUGGCAUCCCCGGAUUUGGCAGCAACAUGACGCUGGGCCCCAGCUCGCUGCCCAUGAUCAUGGAGCAGCUCGCGGCGCUGCAGCAGCAGCAGCUCCACCAGCUUCAGCUCAUCGAGCAGAUCCGGGGUCAGCUUCUGCUGAUAGCACCGCACUCGUCUCUCUUUCCGACAUUCCACUCGCCGGCUAAUCCGCGUGGCAUCGGCUUGCUGCCCAACCCAAUUUGCCCCGCGCAGCUCCCUCCCAUCACGGCCGUUUGCUCGGUGCCAAGGCUCUCGGCUCCGGUGCUGGGCCAGCACAACAGUUUGAACAGCUUGAAACAAGAGAAACUACCUCAAAUCAGCCAAAGCACUCCAAUCCCAUCUGUUAACAGUGAACCACCACCUGUUAACUCUACUCCAGUUACUCUUCAGGCUCCUGAAAGCUCAUCAUCUAACACCAACACAAAGGCCUCCGAACCUGUCAGCCUCCCACUUCCGAUUUCGUCCAACAUCACAAGUGUCAGCAGCCUGCUCGGCUGUGGAUCGAACAUGAACAGUCCACUCUUACCUCAAUCAUCCACUUCCAGCAGCGUUAUCUUCCCAAACCCGCUCGCGAGCAUCGCCGCCACCACGGAAGCCGUCGAUCCUUUCUCUGCGCUUUCCAAGCAGAAGAAGGGCAAGCCUCCCAACGUCUCCUCGACCGACGGCAGAAGCAACUCCGAAGAAACCUUCUUCAAGCACAAGUGCAGGUUUUGCGCCAAGGUGUUUGGCAGCGACAGCGCCCUUCAGAUCCACCUGCGAUCCCACACGGGCGAGCGGCCGUUCAAGUGCAACAUCUGCGGCAACCGCUUCUCCACGAAGGGCAACCUCAAGGUCCACUUCCAGCGCCACAAGGAUAAGUACCCCCACAUUCAAAUGAAUCCCUACCCGGUGCCAGAACACCUAGACCGAGUUCCCACGAGCUCUGGAAUUCCAUAUGGGAUGUCCCUCCCUCUGGAGAAGCCCGCGACAUCCUGGCUCGACAGCAAACCCGUUCUCCCGACUCUGACAUCGUCCUCGGGAUUCCACCUCCCUCCGACCGUCUCCAGCCUGUCUCUCUACGACAGCUCCCCACAGCCCCUGUCUGCCCCCAUGAGCGAGUGCCCCACCCUCUCGCCAAGCUCCACCAAGAGCAGCUCGACCCCGACCGGCAACCCGCCCACAAACCAAGCGGGCAGCCCGCCGCCGCCGCCGUCGCUGCCGCCACCAGAGAAGCAGGAGGAUGACUGUGGGCCUCCGGAACCGGACCCCAAGCCGGAAGACAUCCAGCCGGAUGCCCAGCGGGACGAGCGGGAAGGUCCGGCUACGGCGGAGAGCUCGGCCAACAGCGCGCCGCCCAACUUGCUGCACUUUGAAAACUUGGCGGACGUGAGCCCGCUGCACCCGCUGAUGAGCGAGUCGAUGAAGGCCAAGUUCCCGUUCGGCGGCCUGCCCGACAACGUGCAGACGUCCGAGACGUCCAAGCUGCAGCAGCUCGUGGAGAGCAUCGACAAGAAGCCGACGGACCCCAACGAGUGCGGUAUCUGCCACCGCAUCCUAAGCUGCCACAGCGCGCUCAAGAUGCACUACCGCAUCCACACGGGGGAGCGCCCGUUCAAGUGCAAGGUGUGCGGCCGCGCCUUCACUACUAAGGGGAACCUGAAGACCCACUUCGGGGUCCACCGCGCCAUGCAGCCACUGAGGGUGCAGCACUCGUGCCCCAUUUGCCAGAAGAAGUUCACGAACGCGAUCGUGCUGCAGCAGCACAUCCGCAUGCACAUGGGAGGUCAGAUCUCCAACGCUCCGCUGCCCGACGCCGAAGCCAUGGAUUCGGACGGAAGCAUGUUCGAUGAGAACAGCAUGGAGUCGAUGGCGAAUGAGCUGAUGGAUGACCAAAUGGACGAUGAAAUGGACGACAAUGAAACUCCGGAAAACGAAAGCACUGACUCUGUAAUGCCACAGGCAGACCAUAUCCUCGAUCAGGACAAGCAGCAGAUGUCCCCCCCACCGUCGGCUAUGUCCAGCUUGGCAGCCCUAGAGAACCAGAUGAAAAUGAUCGACUCUGGCUUGAGUCAGCAGCUGCAGGCCAGCUUGAAGUCCAGUGAGCAUGGCUCGAGCGAAACCGACCAGAUGACAAAUGACUCUAUGUCUGCGGGCGACUUGGAAAAUCAGAGCGUUGGAAGCCCUGCCAUGUCCGAGUCAACUUCCUCUAUGCAGCAGAUUCCUUCUCCCAACAACAUGAACUCCGAUAAGCUCAAAUUGAAGUCCCCGGAGCAGGCUGCUUACGACGAGUUGCACGGUGGACACUUUAAAACCGAACCCAUAGAUCACAGGUUUAUGAACCCAGAAAACAGAGGUGCGCUUGAUCUGACGUCUCCUUAUAAUGGUCCCGUGGGCUUGAGACUGGAAGAAAUGAGUCUGCUCUUUGCCAGCAGGGAGCGUGAACGGAUGAAGACGACCACUUGUGAUAUCUGCGGCAAGAUGUUUGCGUGCCAGAGUGCCUUGGAGAUCCAUUAUCGUAGCCACACCAAAGAACGUCCUUACAGCUGCUCCGUCUGCAACCGGAGGUGCACGACCAGGGGCAAUCUGAAGCAGCACAUGAUGACCCACAAGAUAGACUUUCCCAAUCAGAUGUUCGAGAGCGGCGGCCCGGCCGUGGGACCGAACCCCAACAUGCCUGGCUUGGUGCCCGGCACGGUGAUGCCCCUUAUUAAGCCGGAGCUCGACGGGAACAAGUUUAUUUCCUCCAACGAGCGCCCGGAGAUGCGAGCCAGCUUGCCGGUGGGCUCCUCGCUCAGCGCCAUGCCCGUUCUUCCGUCGAUCCUGAGCCAGCAGCAGCCGCCCCCGCCGCCACCGCGGCGCACGCCCAAGCAGCACAUUUGCCACACGUGUGGGAAGACGUUCUCGUCGGCGAGCGCGCUGCAGAUCCACGAGAGGACCCACACGGGAGAGAAACCCUUUGCUUGCAACAUCUGUGGCCGCGCCUUCACCACUAAAGGAAACCUGAAGGUGCACAUGGGCACUCACAUGUGGAACAAUGCACCCGCUAGGCGGGGACGUCGCCUCUCUGUGGAAAACCCCAUGGCCCUUUUGGGCGGUGACCCCCUCAAGUUCUCAGAGGUCUUUCAGAAGGACCUAGCGGCCCGUGUCAUGAACUCCGAUCCGGCCUUCUGGAACCGCUAUGCCGUGGCUUUCACUAAUAGCCUCUCCAUGAAGACCAAUGAGAUCUCCGUCAUUCAGAACGGCGGCAUCCCGCCCAUCCCCGUGAGCCUCGGAGGGGGGGGCGUGGGGGGCGGUCGGAGCCCCCGAAGCCCCCAGGUGGCGGGCGUCAUUGGCGUCAUGGAGAAGGCUUGCCCACCUGAAAGUCCCGUUCUUCCAGCGUCCGAGAAGAUGGCCAGCGUAGUAGAGAACGAACAAAACCAUCACUUUGCCCGCUUUAUGGAGGACAAUAAAGAGCUUGGAGUCAACUGAAAAGAAGAUCUCGUCACGAUUAAAGAAAUGAAAAUAAGAUUUUUAAAAAGUAUAUUAAACAAAAACAAUGGAAACACUCCAGUAACUUGCUCAUGAACUGGUUCCUCAGAAUGGCAUUAGCAACAUUCAUUGACGAGUCUCUGCAGAAGUGGCAGCAGUCCUAUUGUGAAAUCCAGGCUUGAAUUACUGUAAAUAUUUAAGAAGGUUACUUCUUAUACUCCCUUUGUGAAUGUGUGUGAAUUCUGAUUAUUUUCGGCCUCGGCACAUUCGACCCACCCUUGCCCUUUGACCCUUGACCCUCCCCCCCCACCUCUCUUCCCAUGUGCCCGUCCCCCCUUAUCCAGACAAAUUAACAGUACCAACAUAUAUAACAUGGUGGUAAUUUAUUAAUUAAAAUAUUUGUCUUAAUAUAUGUAGUACGUUAUUUGUUAGUUUUAUGCCUGCUUUACUGAAGGAGUUUUGUAAAAGGUAUAAUAUGCAUCAAAUUUGAUAGUGUUUUUAGGUAAUCAGUCUACGCUGAACAGCAUGCCCAUUCAAUUAUGGUGUGUGUCACUGUAAAAGUCAGAACUUGAUGUAACCCGAAGACUUGGCACCACGGUGCUGACGAAACUGCAGUUUAGACCACAACUGUAGGAGGCUUAAAAUUGCUGCGUAAAAAACUGGAUUUGUGGCUUAUUUUGUAAUUUCCUAACAUUUAGCGUAACUUAGCUGCAUUACAUUUAUUUCUACACCUGUCUUAUGCCUAAUACGGUACCAUUGCAUGCUUGGUCAUUGGAACAAGCAUACCACGUACUUGUCUGUUGUUUAUCAAAAAAUAUGAAGAAAAAAAACUGAAAAAAAAUGAACUUGUUUGAUAACGUUGUGGUUCUUACACAAAGAGCUGUUUUGUGGGUCCCAUUUUACAUAGGCGGUAUAUCUGACUCCUAGUGAAUGUUUUUAAGUGUUGCUCUCUUUUGGUGAUAUUUUUUUAUGUGAUCCAGUAAAAAAAAAAAUCUAAUUAAAGAAGAGAUUCAACCCUUCAUAUACACGUGUGAGAGUUUGGACAAGUCACGUUAGUAUAUUUAAUUUUGUUUCAUUCUACGGUGAAAAACAACAACUCCCACGGCGUUUAUUGUUUUGGCGGAAUAAAAGUUCUCCCUCGAGUACACGGAACUCGUACUCCUCGUUGAACAAAUGAUGCAGGAUAUUGCAAAGAACAGCACAAAUGUAAACCUGAUGAACCAAGCUUAAUUUAUCUGACCCGGCAAUCGGUGGACAUCAAUACAAGGUUAUUAGUUUCAAUACAUUAAUUUAAAAUAUGAGGUACAUAAAAAUGUCCUUGGGACACUUUAGAUGACACCGACAAAAGCGGGCAGUCAAAACGCUUGAUGUAAAUUUUGGAAUAUCGAAUGCUUUAGCAGACAUUAGGCGUCUUCUUGUCGAUAAUUAGCAAAGAGAUUGGUGCCAGAAUCGUAAUGAGGGUUUCAGAUCAUGUAAAUUGCCCAAUACGGUGCGUGUCUUAAAAUGUGUGCGCGCUUCCUUCCAGCAAAUGAAAAAUUGUAUGCGUUUUUUAAAUAGGUAAACUCAUCUGAGAAAUUCUAUUGCUGGUUAUAGAUUGGGCUUAGGGAGAGAGAGUCAUAAACGGAUAUAAAUUACCUCAAUUUUUAACCAUAUUGACAGUGCUUUCUGGCCGAUUGAUUUGUCUUCUCCACAUAAACUUACGCCAAACAAGGCCAUUCAAUUUCCUUUGCUUUUUAUAUCCUUGCAAGCUUGCAGCAGCAGCAGCAGCAGGAGGAGGCUUAAGAGCUUUGUGUGUGAAUGUUUUGGAGGUGUAAUUGUGUAUUAAAUUACCGCUCUAGAAUGCCGCACAAAUGUAAUUUAUUAUUGAAAGAGUAAUGCGUGAAACUCCCCUUCCCCCUUGCAUCCAUUGCCCUUUGCAGUUCUACAUUAUUAAACACAUUUCUGAUCGUACAGCUUGGCACUUUUUUUUCCAUUAACCCGUCCGAGAUGUAAAUGAAAGCGGUUGGGAUGGGGGUGGGCGAAGGGCGGGCGUGGGUGGGAAGGGUUAGGAGGGGGGGGGGGUCUCGUUUUUGGGAUGUGCCAGGCCCUUCUCGUAGCGUAUCGAUGGAGAUGUCACUCUACCUCAUUUUGUGAUGAUGCCCAUGGUGGGAGAGGCCCAAGCUGGACUGCCAUCAAUGUCAAAUCCUGGAUUGUCGGGCUGGGGUUGGUAGGCUUGGGGGUUUGGGGGGGACAUUCCAGUGAUGAUGCAAGUGGGAAAGCUGCCUCUUUGCUCAUUACGUAUUGACCAUAGCUUACAUGAAGACAAGUAAAUUGACCUGUCACUUUUUUGGGCCAUUACGGCCGGUGCUGACCAACGAGUAAUAAUAAAGGCUUCACCCUGCCCCCCACCCUACACACACACACGAACCCUUCCGUGGUGUGGCCCCCUUACCCCCCCCCCCAUAACUGGCCGGUGGCUCCCUGUAGAUAAAGUAAAAAAAAGGUAAAUUGUUGAUCAAGUUAUUUUUUUCUUUCACAUGUGCUGCCGUGUCGUGUUUUUUUUUUAUAUCUUUCUUUGGUUGUAAUUACAAUUCGCAUUCUUCCUUGAUACUAUUCCGCUGCUGGCAUGGCAUGUCUUCCUGUUGAGUGUUUAGGCCGUCAAUGUUCCAGCGAGGUCUGGUUAAUGUUGCGACCGCUUUUAUUUUUUAAAUCCGUGGUUCAAAUUCUUGGCGCGCAGGUCAGGGCGUGCACUUGUCGCAGGAGUCACCGUUUGGGGCCGCCCUGCGAAUGUUGCGUGCGUUUGACCCCACGUGGCGCGUGUAAAUAUCUCGGCAAAACAAAAAAAACACAUGUCACACACUAACAACCAACAUCGUGCUGUUGUCUGGACUUAGUUGAGCUUUUUGUUUUUGUUUCUCCAUCGGAAUACAAUGCAUAUUAUUUUUGUAUUUACUCAUUGGUCGACUAUGUGUGUGGGGCAUUAGACCAUGGACAAGUUUUUUUUUUUGCUGAUCUUUGUGUUGUUUUGUGUCGUGUUCUUCCUGUCCCCCGCCCCCCAUAAACCCAUGUCAAUGUUUGUAAAAAAUAAGUGCGCAUUCGACAUGUAUGGUUAUAGAUGCAAGCGAUGGUUUAGUGUAGAUGCUUCUGUUUUUAAUGUAAAAUAAAUAUUUGCAUCUUUUAGUAAUCUGUGUGCAUGUGAUUUUGUAAAGUUAGAAAGGUUCGGGUUUCGUUAUUAUUGUUGAAAUGAUACUCGCAAAUAAUAUUCCACUGUACCAAUGGUAUGGUGCGUUUAUUUAACAAUAUUCAUAAUUACGGAUUUGUGAAAAUGUUGCCUUGACUGACGGUUACAGUCCAGUAUUCGUAACUUUCAUGGGAUGUGCAAUGUUAUUUUAUUUUUUAACCAACAUACCGACCCAACAUCUCUCCCUGUGUCAUGCGUUACGUUAACUUGGAAUGCACAUCGCGUGCACCUCGGUUAAUGAAGCAUAUGCAAAUGCUCAGGUAGAAUUGUCUGCAAUCAAGCCACAUAUACACACACAUACACACUGUCCCUGAACCAAUUCAAUCAAAUUAUGCAAAGGCCGAAAUGUCCACGUGUGUUUGUUGCUUCGAGGGAGAACCAACUCCCAAGACAAACCCGCUCUUAAUCGCGUAACUACACAUGGCGGGGCCGCGUGGUGGAGG